UGCCUGCACAGCACAGAAGAGUGUACUUCUAAGACAGGACAAGGCUUCCAUUUGCUGCUAAUGCAUGGAACUGAGGUGAAACUGUGCUUCUGAAUUUUACACAUUUGAUAGCGUUUGGCAAAUGGGACUCAGAUCAUCAAAAUGAAAGCCCUCAUCUUUGCAGCUGCGGGACUCCUGCUUCUGCCGCCCACUUCUUGUCAAAGUGGCAUGGAGAAUGAUGCAGACAACUUGGCAAAGCCAACCUUUCCCAUAAAGACCUAUCAUGGAGCUCCUCCAAAUUCUUUUGAAGAGUUCCCUCUUUCUUCCAUAGAAGGCUGGACAGGAGCCACAACUACAAAAGUUAAGUGCCCUCAAGAAAGUGUUUCAAAUCUCCACGUGAAUAAUGUUACCAUGGGGUACUUAAGCAGCUCCUUAAGUACCAAACUGGUACCCGCAAUCUACAUCCUGGUGUUUGUAGUUGGGGUGCCAGCCAACACCAUGACCCUGUGGCUGCUCUUCUUCAGGACCAGAUCCAUCUGCAUGACUGUCUUCUACACCAACCUGGCCAUUGCGGAUUUUCUUUUUUGUGUCACACUGCCUUUUAAGAUAGCUUACCAUCUCAAUGGGAACAACUGGAUAUUUGGAGAAGUCAUGUGCCGGGCCACCACGGUCAUCUUCUAUGGCAACAUAUACUGCUCCAUUCUGCUCCUUGCCUGCAUCAGCAUCAGCCGCUACCUGGCCAUCGUCCACCCUUUCACUUACCGGGGGCUACCCAAGCGCACCUAUGCCUUGCUAACAUGUGGAUUGGUGUGGGCAAUGGUUUUCUUAUACAUGCUGCCAUUUUCCAUCCUGAAGCAGGAGUAUUAUCUUGUCCAGCCGAAUAUCACCACCUGCCAUGAUGUCCACAACACAUGCGAGUCCUCAGCUCCCUUCCAACUCUACUACUUCAUCUCCUUGGCACUCUUUGGAUUCUUAAUCCCAUUUGUGGUCAUCAUCUACUGCUACACAGCCAUCAUCCGGACACUUAAUGCAUACGAUCAUAGAUGGCUGUGGUAUGUGAAGGCAAGUCUCCUCAUCCUUGUGAUUUUUACCAUUUGCUUUGCUCCAAGCAAUAUUAUACUUAUUGUUCACCAUGCUGACUACUACUACAACAACACUGAUGGCUUAUACUUAAUCUAUCUCAUAGCUUUGUGCCUGGGCAGCCUGAAUAGUUGCCUAGAUCCCUUCCUUUAUUUUCUCAUGUCAAAAAUCAGAGAUCACUCCACUGCUUACCUUACAAUGGUGAAAUCAUCUUAGAGAACAAGGAAAGCUAACUGUGAAAAUAUAUGUUCUUGGUACAACAUCUGCGUAGUGCAAGGAGCUCUAUUCUCUAGCUCCAUUUCUGAGCUCCUAAGAAAUAGUGCUUCAAAAUCCAAACAUUACAAUAGCACUAGUAAUUUUUGUUUGUUUUUAAACUUUAUCAGUAUUUUAAGAAUGUGAAUGCAGGAGAAGAGAUAUCAGCACUCUCUUAAUGACAAGUGACACACUUCCAUUUGCUUUACUGGUACUUCAUACUCUUUAAAAUCUCCAUCGUCCUCUCUUCUGUGAGUGGUAUCGCCAUCCUUGAAACUCGGCAUCAUUUUUAAUUCUCCUGUCUCCUUUGACUUUUGUGCAGGUGGCUGCCUCAUCAGCUGACUCUUUACCCUGGUCCCGCCUCUGCCUUCUCACCAUAGCCUUUGUCGCCAGCCUACCUCCAUUGCACAGGUCAUGCUAGGUUAACCUUUCUCAGAUGUUUCAACACACCACUCAAAAACUUCCACUGACUCUCCACUGUCUCUGGCAUAAAUUAUAACUCUUUAGCCUGACACUUAGGGCUAACUUUCUACCCUGUCUCCCUAGUUAUGUAGCCAAAUCUCUCGCUUUGCUGUGAUCUUGACUUUUCCUCUCUUCGUGCCUGCCUCUGACUGGAAAGCCAGUUCUAACGUCUUUGCCGUCAUUCUGUCCAUCUCCUGAAAUCCUCAAAGGACCAUUCCUCCUGAUUCUCAGCUGGAAGUGCCAUUUUUCUCUUGUGAACUCCAGCAGCACUUUCUUACACUUUAUGUUAUGGCACUUAGAUGCAGUUCUUUUAUAUACAAGUGUUAAUUCCAUGAACCCUUAAGUACUGUAGACAAUGGAGGAGGUGCUCAUCUUCUCCCUUCUUUGAACUUCUUGUGGUGACACCAUGCCCAAUUCCUCUCAGGCUCUGUGGGGCCCAGCUCCUUACUUUGCACAGCAUGUGGCCAGAUGAAUGGAUUUUUUAAAUCCCAAAGUAUCUAAACAGCAUGAAAGCCCAUUAAAUUCAGACUGAAAAGGCAACGUACUCUGUAUGUACAACAUGGGUUGAUGUCAUUUCUGGUUGGACAUAUAAAAAAAAAUAAGGAAGCUAAACUAAGAAUAUAUGCAUGAGGUCAUUUACAAGUUUAAAACAAUGCCACUGCUAUCUGUUUUCUUUAUAUAUAGUUUUUAUGGGAAAAAGAAUUUUGUUAUAAAUGCCUAGUAUAUUCCUAUAGGUAAAUGACUGUUUCCCUUAACUUAGGGAUUAGAUAGGAGGGGGGAUAUUAGUGGUUAAGGGUGGACGGUGUCAAUGAGUAUAAACUGGGUUUAAGAAACCUCUGGGCAUGAAGAACCACUGAAUUACAAGACUGUAGGAAUGUGCAUUGACUAUAUACUUUGUAAUUAUCAUCAAAACAAUAAAAAAGCAUUUUACGUC